UUUCUAAAAAAAAAAAUCACGUGUCCAAACGUCACUGCAACACCGACCGUCCGACGGACAACACACCGCCAGCAAAAUAGAAUUUCCAUAGCCCAGACCAACAAUGGGUCAAAUCUUCAUGAGAAAAUGUCAUCCGGACCCAGGAGACCCACCACCACCACCACCACCACCGCCUAUCCCGCCGCAAACACCAUGUGAAGUACAAAAACUCGCGCAGUUGAAAGCUAAGAAGGCAAAAUUGAAGAAAUGUGUACCAAUCUGCAAACCACCACCACCACCACCAAAAGCCAAACCCUGCGAAGACCAGGGCUGUCUCUGCAUCGAGCGAGUGAAACACCCAUUCUACCCAAACCCCUGCGAACUUAACCAACAGAUUAAGUGCGUUGUCGAAAGAGUCCUUCCUGGAAGACCUCGAUGUGUGUACUUUAAUGAAAAAGGGAUAGACCACAAUCCUGUGGGUGUUCCAUGUAGACGAGACCCUCCACCUGCAUCAGCACCACCCCGUCCGCUUACCACUUGUGAACAACAAAAGAAGAUCAGAGAAGCAUACCUAGCUAGAUACCGAAAAAAUAGGGAAUGGUAACAU